AUGGAAGCACGCAAAUUUUCUACGCACAUACUGGACACCUCAGAGGGGAAAGCUGCUGCCAAUGUCAGAGUAACAGUUUCCAGACUGGACGAGAUUCAGGAGUGGAGAUCACUUCGGGCGGCCCAAACUGAUGCGGAUGGUCGUUGCCUGCUUUUGGAGCCGGGUCAAUUUCCCAGCGGAAUCUACAAGCUGACCUUUCACGUUGGUGGCUAUUUCGCAGAGCGCAAUGUGAGGACUCUUUAUCCAGCAAUCGACAUAAUUGUGGACUGCUGUGAGAAUCAGCACUAUCAUAUUCCUUUGUUACUUAAUCCCUUUGGCUAUUCUACUUAUCGUGGAACAUAGCGGUAUUGUAAUUAUAAGAAUAUAAAAAUUGAAAUUCAAAUAAAAGUACAUACAUAA